AUGGAAAGGAAAGAAGCAGAAUUUCCUCCACUUGAGAAUUUUCAUGGUCCACUUUUGGGGAACCAACCACUUGAACUGGGUCUGGACGGCUCAACACACUUACAUCCUGGUAAAAUCGGUGGACCAACUCAGGAGAGUGGUGAAGGAUGUGGUAAUACUGAUCAACAAAUGCAUUCCCGACAACUUGAGCACUGGGAGGUGGCGGAGGAUUUGCUGCUUCUGUUGCCAUUCCUGUUGAGAGCUAACAAACCUAAUAUACAAAAAAUGAAAGCUACCACCUUUAUUGCCCUCUGCAAUAACCAUAAACCCAACCAUCAUGACCCACGCAUUAUCAAUUUAUCGUCAUCUAUUACUCAUUAUCGACUUAACAACUAA